AGUAUAGUAUAGUUAUAGUAUACAUAUGUGCUAUAUUCUCUAUUUUUGUUUGUGAACAGAAUAAAGGUUAUGCAAGGGAGACGAUUUUUCUGUAUAUAACAUAUUAAUAUAUUCCAAAAAAUUCAAAUACUAUUGCAUGUCAUACUAAAUUAAUAUGGCUAUUCGUUUACACAUGAAUAAAGAAGACUUAGCCAAGCAAGAGGAGUCUGAAUUACAUCUUAUGCCAUGUAAAAUUCAUGGUGACGAAGCCGCAAAUGUUUCCUCCUAUUUAAAGCCUUACAUUCGUAAGGUUGAUGAAGAAUAUUAUGAUUGUUCAUUCCGUGGCUAUCCACUUCAAGGGAAGAAAGUCACUGUACCUGCUGGAUACAAAGGCAUGACAUUUAUGGAAAAUAAGAAGGCAGACGUUGAAAAUAAGAGCCGUAAUUUGUAUUGCACAGGAACGUUUUCAGAAUUCACAUAUUGGAACUACGAUAGAAUUCCAUCUAAAAAUGAUGCCCUCGCAGCAGCAUUGGAUUGGAUUGACAUAGCUAAAGCGUUACAUUCAUCAGAAACAUAAUACCAAAAGGAGGUACAAUUAUUUCAAUAACAGAAAGAUAUUAAAAAAUUAAAUCUCUUGUUUGAUAACAUAUUUUUAUACUUUGAGAGAAAAAGGAGACAAUAAAGAUUCUUUCUUUGUGUAUAACAGAUAUAUUUUUGCAGCAUCAUAAUUGGAUGAUUAUGCCACAAAUAAUGAGCAUACAAUAGGCAUAAGAGUCUAUGACUAAAAUGCGUGAAGAAAGUGUAAAGAGAUAGUGAUGAUAUCAAUAUAAUCUAAUUAGCAGCAACAUUGAAAGAAACAGAAAUUUCUAUUUAGAUAUUCGUGGACUCGAUUGCUUUUUUUAAUAUAAUAGUAUAAUAUAUCUUAAAUUAAUUCUGCAGAUUUUUUUCAGAGACAGAUUCGUUUUAUAUAAGAUUAUCAUGUUAUAUAUGUGACUUUAUAUUAAAUGCAUUUAGUGCCACUAUUGAUACUUUGACAGCCAUCGUUGAUUAAUGAAGGAUGUAUCUGAGAACAUCCAUAUAUGCUAUCUUAUAUGAAUUUACAAAAUACAUUUACCAAUAUAUGAGUUAUUUAGGCCAAAGAAUCCCAAUCAAUUUGUGAUAGUGUGUGAUGUCUACAGAAUUGAUUUCCGAAUAUACAUUAAAAUGGAAAUAUUUUCACUUCUGUAUUGUAUAGGAUCAUUGGCAGUGCGAGAAAGUGUGCAUAUGAAUGAGAAUUACAUUUUACAUUAUCCUGAUAUCAAUAGAAAAUGCUAUAAUAGAAAAACGUAAUAAUCAAAUUAUUACAGUCUCAAUCCGAAUUUUCUUUGGCGUUUUAAUAAUACUGAGGUAUAUGAGAUUUGUAGAACUAAUCCAGAACUUUGUGUGAAUAUAUCAUCUUAAAAUACACAAAUUCUUAUACA